AUGGGGGACGAUGAUUGGCCGUCACAACGAUUUCGCGAUCAUGUUAUUAAUCGAUUGGAACCAGAAUUAGCGAGAAAUCGUCAAAAUUCUCCAAAUUUACCCGUACCUGGUGAUGCAAGACAAGUGGAGGAAUAUGUUUUCAACAAAUGCGUCAGCAAAGAUGAGUAUAUGCGGACAAUUGCCAAAGUUAUCAAUGCAAUCAAUUGUAACUCAAAAUCAGCAACAGUACCGUCCGUUUUUCAACCGUCUCGCAUCCAUCCGGCAUCGCAAAAUUAUCGGACCGCGGGUCUUGGUGUACCACCGGAUCCGCAACCCACCCACCAGCAACAGCGACAAAAGGUUAUGGAUAGAUACCAUGCUCCAUUUGUUCAACCGCCGCCAAUGAUACAGUCGCAGCAAUCAUCACCUAGUGCAUUAUCUGGCGGUAAUAUGCAGCCGUCACAAUCCAGUAUGCAACAACAUUCUCCAUUAACACACCCGGUGGUUCCUCAGCAAACACCGUAUAAUAUGCUCUCUCCAGUUCCCUCUGUCCCUGGGUCACACAGUACCUCUCCGAAUCAUCACAUGUAUAGUCGUGUGAAAACUGAGUCAAAAAGUGGCAGUAAUGAUGGUACAAGUGCUGCAGAAGUUCCAAUAUCGGAGUCAAUGUCCACUCGUGUAUGGAAGCGUGAAGUUGCUCCUUCCAGCAAUUAUUACUCAGCAGGUCCCUACGGUGCUACAGAUUCCAGUCAGUACAUUGAACGUACCCAUUCAUCGGCAUCGUUUAUGCCACGAGAAACACCCAUUUCUCCUUCACAACAAAAUGCUUCGCCACACCACCAACAACAUCAUCAGCCAUCAGUUUUAGAAAAUCUUAUCAAUUCACCCCAUUAUGGGUCACCGACGCCAUCCUCACGGCAUUUAGAUGGAUCAGAUAAUCAAAACGUUGCUGAUUUGCCAUUUGGAAAUGCCAUACAACAAAAUGAAGAGGUCAGAUAUUCAGAAUAUAUGACAAUGGAUAAAAAAAUCCCAAAAAGUGGGAUGCCAGGCUUUAUUCGUCAGUUUAGUAUAUUGUAA